AGACCUCCCACCUCCCGAAUCCGGUGCGGUUUGUCACUGUCCGCCUGGGUAUGGAGGCGAUGGAUUCAUGGAUGGAACUGGAUGCACAAAGUUGACCCGGGACGACCUGUGUGUAAUGCCAGGGAGAGGAAUUUGCCGUUCAUGCGGAGAUCCACACACGACGAUGUUUGACAGAACACGUCACCACUUCCAAGGCCCGUGCAGAUACACAUUCGCCAAGGACUGUGGAAACAGCAGCGACUUCACCGUGGAAGUACAACACGUGCCCGUACCCCGCAGGCCAGUUGUGUCUGUUGUGCGUGAGGUGUACGUGAUAGCAUACGGGUACGAAAUCGGAAUUCUCCAAGGAAAUGAAGUGACGGUGACGGUGAACGGAGUGACGUACACUGCCACUGGGUCGAUUCCCUUCGAGCUUGCAAUGGGCAAGAUCCAGGUCACGUACAGAGGUAUGUGGGUUCACGUGCGGCUGGUAGAGUACUGCGUGGACAUCUUCUACAACGGGCGUCACUGUGUGAAGGUGAGGGUGACGCCUUACUACUGGGGCAGGAUGUGUGGACUGUGUGGUGACUUCAACGGUAACAGGGCCAAUGACUUCAUGUUGCCAGAUGGGACCAUCGCUUCGAACUGGAACGACUUCGGUCAUAGCUGGCUGGUCGAGGACGAAGACGAUGAGAGAUGUGCAGUAGGUCCACCCCCGCCACCGUGUCCACAUGGCUUGAUGACAGUUGUGUCGGCAAAUGACAUGUGCGGACUCAUUAUGGAUCAUUACGGUCCGUUUGGUGUUUGCCAUGACCUGGGGGUGGAUCCUCAGGAUUUCUUUGACGACUGCGUCUUCGACAUGUGUGCACGGGACGGAGACAUCGUGGGCCUCUGCGAGAACCUGGAGGCAUACGCUGACGCCUGUGAGGAGGCCGGUGCGAUCGGAUUUACUUGGCGGAGUGCAACCCUUUGUCCCCUGCCGUGUCCACCAAACAGCCAUUACAACCCAUGUGCUAGUCCAUGUCCUGCGACAUGCCAGAAUCCGGACGCUCCGAACCAGCCGUGUAUUACCCUCUGUGUAGAAUGCUGCGAGUGCGAUCCUGGGUACGUCAUGAGCGGACCUCACUGUGUCCCACUGGAGGACUGUGGAUGCACCGACCCUAUGACUGGUCGUUACUACCCGCUCGAGGAAACUUGGAUACAGAACGGGAGACGUUGUGUUUGCACAAGAAAUGGCAUCGUCUGCACAGAAUGCUCCUUUGACAUCGUCUUCAUACUGGACCGUUCUUCAAGUAUUGGACCGUACGGAAUGUACAUCGCCGAGAAAUACAUUGCUUAUAUCAUCAGGUGCCUGCAUGGCCUGGAUGUAGAGGUCGGGUACAUUGUGUUUGACUGCAUAUCGAAGUGGCUGAUCUCUCUGGGACUCUACAACGUGGACACAACCGCUCUCAUCCCAGAAAUCAAGGCUGCUGAGUUCACUGGAGGGGAGAGCCGAGUUGGGAACGCCAUUUAUCAUUUGAUGUGUACGGCCAAUUAUCGUAACGGAAUCCCCAGUGCGGCUAUUAUACUAACAGAUGGUGUUGCUUAUGAAGAGCACCCGAACAACUUGUAUGAACUCCAGUCCAACGCAGCAAGGGCAAUGGGUAUUGAGUUGUACGCUGUGGCAAUUGGAAGGGAGUUCCUCUUCAACCUCAAUGCACUUGCGAACAUCGCGAAUGGGGCAGACCGUGUGUUCGACGUUUACAGUUGCUGCGCUCUUGCCAUCAGGCUACUGGACGACUUGUGCGAUCCUCCCUGCCCGGAUGGCUAUACAUCGUUUGCUGAUACCUGCUACAAGGUGUUUGCCAAUGAAGUAACAUCAUACACAGAGGCACAGACACACUGCAACAGUGAAGGUGGCCACCUGGCGAUGGCGAAAGACCAAGCAACCAACCGGCUACUCGUCCACCUGAUCAAUCAAGAGUCCCAAGAUCAAACUUUCUACUACUUUGGUUUGACAUAUUCCGAGGAGAAAAAUGCGUUCAUAUGGGGUGACGGAAGUGACCUGGUCUUCAGUAACUGGAGACCAACUGAACCAAACCGUCCGGAUGAACAUUGUACAGUCUUUUGUUGGGGGCAGUGGUGUGAUGCACCGUGUUCAAGUAGUCGGGAGUUCGAGUUCACAGCGGGCUUCAUCUGUGAAGUUAGGGUCCCAUGCCCCCCUGGAGUCGACUUGGUGAGCUGCACUCAGGACCCCUGCGUGAACGCCGAAUGCGCGGCCCACCCUACCGCGAUGUGCAAAGCCAACUACUGUGGAGGUUGCAACGCCGUUUUCUAUGACGACCAAGGCAACAAAGUAGACUGUAUGGCCAUGAACAUGUAUGGUGCAGGUUAAUUAUGCGUGAGCCAUGUGCGACACAAUCUAAGAACUUUGACUCACCAUUGACACCGAAGAGGUCAAAGGAACCCUCUGCUUUCCGCUGAUGACUACUGCAAAACGGACAUACUCAUCACCAGUCUGAAAGGGCGUAUGAUUCCUUUGCACACCAGAAGAAAUUAUAAUUAUUAUCAUUGUUUCACAGAUUCGAGUCCUCAUCAUAUCAACGUAAUGUCUCGGCAUUAAGUUAAGACAUUAUGUAACUACAUAAUGUCUUUACAACGGCAUAAAACAGGCGACUUACAUUAAAUGCAUUAAUGUUAAACAUUUAAAGGCACAUUACAUGAAUCCACAUUGACAGAAGAAUCAUGCAUCACUUUCGGAGUGCUGAUAGAUACAUCUCUUUAUAGCGCUAUUCUAAGGUUGAAUCCUAUGUAUUCUUCAAUUACCUCUAAUGCAUCUUAAGCGAUAUAGGCGCAUUUGGGUUGCCCAAAUACUUUCUUUCCUUUCUUUCCAGCAACGUGCAUGUAAACUAUUUGGGUUUUUUAGUCUUUCUGCUGUGAUGUGAUAGAACCUCACACAUACUAUCUCCUGCUUUAUAUGCAUGAAAUCUGCCUCCCGCAUCGCGCACGGAUUGGUUUCUUUUACAUGGCAAGUGUUCUCAUGAGAAACCAUAUUUCUUAUCAACCUGUUGCUCCAUGAUAUACACGAUAUGAUCUACGGAAACUCCCCACACAGUAUGCUAAUCAAUGUUGGUACUUCUCAGCAAAUGUGCAUUUUGAAAUUUUCGCCAUGAUGGCAAAUUUAGGCAACUCAGACUGAAAUUGAACUCGUUAGCAUGAGAAACAUCUGAUACUUGAGAAGGUUCGAUAAGGUUCUAAAAAAGAUAGAUAUGAAAUUAUAAUGAUCAACCUAUUCCACGAGAAACGUUUUGAAAUUGGUCAAUACUUUCCAUCACAACACAUCUCGACUACAAACAACAUGUCAACAUGCUUGCUCUUACCAUUCGUUAUCAUGUUGUUUGCUUUUUUCGCCCCAAAACUCUUUGGAAUUGCACAAAGUAAAAAGAAAAACCUUUUCGAUCUAUCGAUUAAUUGCUAUCACCUUAUGAUUCAUAGAAAAGGAAUCCUUAACUAUGGUGUUUAGUGCUGCUUGAUGGGGCAAAUGGAACUUAAAUAUAAUAUCGUUAACCAAGAAUUUUAAAGAAUGGCACGAAAACAUUAUGCAAUUGUGGAACAUACUAAAUCAAUAAACGAAUCUUGCACAUUCCCUUAUCAGAAAAAAAGGUGAUAAGGACAAUACAUUCCUAAGUUUAAACCACUUAAAAGAUCCUCAGAAAGAAAUCUCUUAUCUCCUCUAAGUUCCAAUGGAAAGGACCAUGGCGGUCCUACAUCUAACAUACAACAUUCAAUAAAACAGUUAUGACUGUCUUGUUAUGACAGUUAUGACUGACACACUUAGUAAUUUAAUGCACCGCUACUCCAGAGUAUGU